GACACAGCUCCCACACAUUUCCUCCAUUUUUAAAACCUUCAAAACACCAUUUCUGAAUCCAAAAAUAAAUUAAAAAAUGGCUUCAAAAAUCUCCGCCGUGAUUCUCUCUCUCUCCUUCUUCUCUAGUUUCGUUGCAAUCUCUUCUCAGAACGAUGAAUAUGACCCGACUAUCAAAACCAUGGAGCAGUUUUCGGGUUACCAAAUUCACGAUUCAAUUUCUUCACUAUCAGUCCACACUCAAAAUCUGCAGCGACAGAUUGAUGAGCUGUCGUCAUUCUCGGAUACGCCGGCACCUUCUGUUACAAGGGUUCUUUACAGCGAAAAGGAUGUAUUGGCAAGAGGGUACAUAAAAAAAUUAAUGGGUCUUUCUGGUCUCUCUGUCCGUGAGGAUGCCGUCGGAAACAUUUUCGGUAGAUGGGUUGGCUCACAGCCUGAGCUAGCUCCUGUUUUGACAGGCUCGCAUAUAGAUGCAAUACCGUAUUCUGGUAAAUAUGAUGGAGUAGUCGGUGUUUUGGGUGCUAUCGAAGCCAUUAAUGUACUAAAACGAUCGGGGUUUAAGCCGAAAAGAUCUCUUGAGGUGAUUAUGUUUACAUCGGAAGAGCCUACACGAUUUGGAAUUAGCUGCUUGGGAAGCCGUUUAUUAGCCGGAAGUGAAGAACUAAAAGAGCUUCUUAAGAAAACGGUGGAUAGUCAAAAUAUAUCAUUUUCGGAUGCUGCUACAUUUGCUGGAUACACAUUAAACGAGGAUUUAUCGAGUGUGUUUCUUGAAAAAGGAAGCUACUCUGCUUUCAUUGAAUUGCAUAUAGAGCAAGGCCCCAUCUUGGAAGAAGAAGGGAUAUCGAUCGGUAUUGUUACUGCCAUUGCUGCUCCAGCUAGCAUCAAAGUUGACUUUGAAGGCAAUGGAGGCCAUGCUGGAGCUGUUCUCAUGCCAAAGAGAAACGAUGCUGGCCUAGCUGCUGCAGAAUUAGCUCUUGCUGUUGAAAAACACGUAUUAGAAUCUGGAUCAAUCGACACUGUUGGAACAGUCGGUAUUCUGGAGCUGCAUCCAGGAGCAAUAAACAGCAUACCAAGCAAAUCACAUCUUGAGAUAGAUACACGUGACAUAGACGAAAAGAGGAGAAAUCUUGUAAUCGAAAAAAUCCAUAAAUCUGCUCUUAGAAUAUCGAAAUCUCGAGAAGUGAAUCUCUCGGAAUUUAAAAUUGUAAACCAAGAUCCACCUGCACUAUCCGAAGACUCGAUUAUCGAGGCAACUGAAUCAGCUUGCCAAGAACUAAAGUUGUCUUACAAGAAGAUGAUUAGCAGAGCCUAUCAUGAUUCCCUCUUUAUGGCCAGAAUAUCUCCAAUGGGCAUGAUUUUCAUUCCAUGUUACAAAGGAUAUAGUCAUAAGCCCGAAGAAUUCGCAGCACCGGAGGAUGUUGCAAAUGGUGUAAAAGUAUUGGCACUAACACUUGGCAAACUUUCUCUUUCCUAAUUGUUAAGGAUAUUUGUCUGAAAUAUGUGUAUGUAAAUUGCAAUAAAUGUACUUAAUUAACAUAUUAUCCUUUUUAUUCACUAC